AUGUAUAAAGUCAAGUUUGCAGAGCCGGUGAAAAACAUAGACGAUCUUUAUUCUAUGGUAAAAGAUGCGUAUAUUCAUGGAAAUAUACCUACACCUUAUCCAGCAGCAAAUAAACAACUACAAUCACGAUUGACAGAGUUUGUUUCUAAAGGUAUUUCUGGCGAUCAAUCUAUGUCAUUUUUCGAUAAAAAUUAUAUGACCCAUAAAGAUAAAAAAUCAUUUAUUUCAAAAAAUUUAACAUCUGAAUUAUCACACCACAUAUUAACCACAGAUAAUUCGUUUUUGUCAUCAACUAAAUAUUCACAGGAAAGAUUAAGAGUUUCUGACAAUAGUAAUCGAAGAAAAGCGAUAAUACCAACUCCGCAUAAACCAAAAGAAAUAAGUAGUAAUUUACAAAUGAAUAAACAUAAAGAUUCGAUCAAUCUAGAAUCAAUGAAUGCAGAAAAAGAUAAUAAAGAUAAAUUGUACGAAACAAGUACCAUAAGCAUUGACAUGGAAGAUAAUUUGACUAAUAAAAUAAAUGAAUUACAUGUAAAGGAAGUCGUUUUAGAUCGACAUGAUAAAGUUGCAAAUUCACAAACUAUUGAUAAUACGAAUGACAUUAAAGGCGAAUAUGAAGCUAAUAAUUCGAAUGGAAAACGAUCGACUGAUGAAAACUAUAAAAAAAUAAAUAAUAAAUCAAAUGAAAUUAUUAAAAAGUAUGAAGAAGAAAAGGAGAUUGAAGAAGAAUCUCAAUUGAACGAGGAUGACAAUGAGAAUAAUUUAGAUGUUUUUAUUCUACAGAACUUCGUUCGAUUUUCAGGAAAACAAAAUGUAAUUCAAUGGCUUGAUGAAACAGAAAAUAAAUUUAAUAGUUUUCAUAUAGGAAGAAAUUUUCGAUUUGAAGCAAUUUCACUUUUGAUUGAAGGCGAAGCAAAACGUAGAUAUAUUAAAUAUCGUAAAGACAUUCGAACAUUUGAUGAUUUUUACGAGUUCUUGUUGUCACAAUUCGAAUCUACGGAUAGUUCAUCAGCUGUUUCUAAACUUCAACAAACGAAUGUGGAUAAGUCGAAUGAUUUGUCGAUAUCUAAUCAAUCUAAGUUAAUUAAUGAUUCGAGCCAUUUCAUGACCAACAGUAAUAAUAAUAAUAUGACAAAUCUAACAUCUUCGUCACAUGAGAUUAAUUCUACGGCUAUGACUAAUUAUGGUUUUGUCAAUUCUAUUGGUGAACGAUCAAUAGUAAAGUCAGCUUUAGUUCCAGAUGACGCAUCUAAUUCAAUAUGUGAUCAAACUAUGAAAGAUCUUCGUAAAGCAAUAGUCGGUAAUCUAAUAAAAAAUCCGAAAACAUUCAAAGGAGGAAAAGAUGAUGUGAAAAAGUGGACUGAAGAAAUCGAACAUCUUUUGGAUGUAGCACAUAUACCAGAUUCUACUAGAUUAGAUCUGAUUUCCUAUUCGUUGAAAGGGGACGCUCUUGAAUGGUUUAAGAAUAAUCGAUCACAGUUCACAUCAUGGACUGUUUUUGUAACCGAACUAAAACAAGCGUUUACGUCAUCGUUUCAAGAAGAGUUAGCAUUCAAACAACUAGAAUCCUAUACUCAAGGAGAAAAUCAGUCGAUUAGGAGCUUUUUCAACGAAGUCAUGAAACUAUGUAAAGAAACCGACAUAACUAUGAGUGAGGCUACAAAAUUAAAAAAUCUUUUGAAUAAAACUAAGCCUAGUAUACAAAUUGAAGUACGCAAGAAAAAACCUAAGUCAACGAAAGAAUUUCUUGAUUAUGCUAAAGAAGCAGAAGAACUAAUGCAGUUAUCAGAUAUGACAAUUAAUAGUACUAAUACUCAGGAUAAUAUACAGAUGAGUCAAAAACCGAUGUCAAAAUUAAGUUCGACCGCAUCAGUGCGAAUGGAUCCACCAUAUAAUGAUAAUCCGAAUAACUAUUCAGCUAACUACUCUCGAAAUUUUGAUAAUAAUUACCAAACAUCAAAUUAUCGUAGUUCGUAUUAUGAUCCUAAAUUAGCAACGUCGUCAAAUACAUCAGCUCCGAAAAAUAAAAACCGCUUUAACAAUAAUCCUUCACGAUUUCAUCAACCGAACAUUAAUAAACCUUCUUUUAAUAAUAGUCGAAAACGUUCUCAGUACACACAGUCAAAUUCUUGGAAUAAUAAGCGGUUUCAUCAGCCUACUGUAAACGCAAUUAAUCCGUCAUAUACAUCAGCAAAUAUAGAACCGAUACAGGAAUCAGUUUUAGCAAAUGCUUGCAAUCAAUGCAAUCAGUUUGGACAUGAGGCGCCAGCCUGUCCAAAUUUUUAA